AUGAAGGAUGCCAGUUUGUACCGCUUCAAAGAUAUUAAACCUGUUGUAAAUGCAAAGGAACUGGUGGAUGUGGUUUUGUCCAAAACACAGAGAAAAACGCCAACAGAAAUUCAUAAAGGAUUCAAGAUAACAAGAAUACGAAACUUUUAUAUGCGGAAGGUAAAGAUGUGUCAAGAGCUUUUUCGAGAUAAAUUACAGACAAUAAUUAAUGACUUUCCCAAACUUGAUGAUAUACAUCCAUUUUAUGCAGACUUAGCUAAUAUAUUAUAUGAUAGAGAUCAUUACAAGUUAGCUUUAGGUCAAUGCAAUUAUGUGAGUAAGUCUGUUAUAAGGAUAAGUCAUGAUUAUAUAAAAUUAUUAAAAUUUAGUUCGUCUUUAUAUAAGUGUAAAAUAUUAAAAAUUAGUGCACUAGGUAGAAUGUGUAAACUUGUAAAGAAAUUACAACCAAGUUUAUUAUAUUUAGAAGAGGUCAGACAAAAUUUAUCAAGACUACCAUCAAUAAAUCCACAUAAAAAAACUAUAUUAUUAUCUGGUGCACCAAAUGUAGGUAAAUCAUCAUUCAUUAAUAUUAUAUCAAGAGCAAAUGUUGAAGUUCAGCCAUAUUCCUUUACUACUAGAAAUUUAUAUGUAGGUCAUUUUGACUAUAAGUUAAAUAGGUAUCAAGUAAUUGACACCCCAGGACUACUUGAUAGAUCAUUAGAAAAUAGAAAUACUAUUGAAAUGACAACUAUUACAGCGCUAGCUCAUAUUAAUGGUGUUAUUCUUUUCAUAAUUGAUAUUAGUGAAGAAUGUGGAUUAUCUAUAAAAGAACAGGUUAAUUUAUUCUAUUCAAUCAAAUCUCUAUUUUCAAAUAAAUCUAUUGUUAUAGGAUUUAAUAAAAUUGAUAAAGGAAAUAUUGAUAGUUUACCUGUUGACAGUAAAUUAUUAAUAAAACAAAUUGCCAUUGACAUUAAUAGCACAAUCAAAUUUUGCUCCUUUAGUACACUGACUGGAGUAGGAGUAGAGGAGGCAAAAAUUAUUGCAUGUGAUUUGCUUAAAACUGAUUAUUCUUCAGAUAUCCUUUUGGAUCAAGAAAACCUUCUGAAGAGCAAACUUAAUGAACACAAAAUUAAUCUCAACAGGGCACCCUUUAUACCUGACUCGGUCAUACAGGAAAAAAUUCGAAAAAUGCAGCAAAAGGGUAGAAACAAGCUCAAUGGAAAGGAGGAGGAGCUCGAUGUAGAAACCACAGAUGGGGACUACAAUGAAGAGGAGGAAAACAGUACAAAAGGUGCUUUCCUAAGCGCGACAAAUAGCACAGUCGAUGAUAUGAACGGCGCUAAUAGUAAUGAUGAUCAAAAUCGUGGUAAUAUUGCUAACAGUACCAACCUGACCAUGCGAGAACUUAAACUGAAGAAGAAAAAUAAAAGCAGGCAGAGCUACCUGAGCAACCGAACGGAUAACCGAAUUUUACAAAUUGACCUUCAGAAUGAAAAUGGAGGUGCAGGGGUAUACUCUGUGGAUAUUAGGAGAAAUUACGAUAUUAAGGAGGAGUACAAAUAUGAUGUAAUACCUGAAAUUUUUAAUGGAAAAAACAUAUGCGAUUUCGUUGAUAUAAAUAUUGAACAAAAGUUAAUGGAAUUGGAAAAGGAGGAAGAAACUCUUUUGGAUAAGGAUGUGCAAAUUGAUCCCAUGUGGUUUAAGACCAAGAGAGUAUUAGAAAAAAUGGCUUUGAAAUUAAAACGCUUAAAACUUCAUGCAAAAUUAAAUGAAGAAAAACAGCCAUUAUACCAUAAGAAGAAUAAAACUGUCGAAGAAAUGGAAAAGAAAUUGGACGAAUUGAAAUUGGACAAACAGAAAAUUCUCGAAAGUAUGACUGAGAAAUUAAACAAAAGAAACAGUCUCAAUGGUACUGCCAGAAAAGAAAAUGUUAAUAGGGAGAGUGCUAAUAGGGAGAGUGUUAAUAGGGAAAAUAUUAAAAAGGAAAAAGUGAAAAAAGAUAUUUGUAAAAAGAAACAAAUUAAAGAUGCUGUAUAUAAUGACCCAACAAAAAAGUCCAAAAUAUAUCUAAGUACAUCAACCGAGUUACAGAGGAAAAAGGCAUAUAGAUUAAAUAAAAUUGCUUAUAAGAAAAUCGUUAAAGGAACCAAGGGAGAAGCAGAUAGAUCUAUUCCUUGCAAGAGGCCUAGACAUUUAUUUUCUGGAAAGAGGUCCAUAGGAAAGGCUGCCUGGAGAUAA